AUGACUGCCAAAGAUUAUCCAUCAUUGUGGGGCUUUGGAACAACAAAAACAUUUAAAAUACCUGUUGAACAUUUGGAUUUCAAGUAUAUUGAAAAAUGUUCAGAUGUUAAACACUUGGAAAAAAUUCUUUGUGUGCUCAGGUCUGGUGAGGAAGGAUAUUAUCCUGAACUUACUGAAUUUUGUGAAAAGCGCCUUUCAGGCUUGGCUCCUGGAAGUAGAGCUUUGAGGAGAGAGAAACCUGCAGCGACAGCAGCCAGUUUCACAGCAGAAGAAUGGGAAAAAAUUGACGGUGAUAUAAAGAGUUGGGUAUCAGAAAUUAAAAAAGAAGAUGAUAAAAUACACUUUCAAGAAAAUGAAACAUUUCCAGCAAUGGAAGAUAAUUUGCCUCCAGUUCGUGGUUCAACCAGCCAUCUUCAUGUUGCCAAGGAAAAAAAUUCUAAAAGUAGACCAGCUAAAAAGAAAAUUCCGAGGGAUUAUGCAGAGUGGGAUAAAUUUGACGUGGAAAAGGAAUGUGCGAAAAUUGAUGAAGAUUACAAAGAAAAAACUGUAGUAAACAACAAGUUGCAUUUGUCUAAAAUUGAGACAAGACUAGAUACAGCAGGUCUAACUGAGAAGGAAAAGGAUAUUCUUGCUAUUCAUGAAAAGGAGAAAGGUAAUGAAGCUUUUAACGCAGGAGAUUAUGAAGAGGCUGUGAUGUAUUAUACUCGGAGCAUAUCAGUGCUUCCCACGGUAGCAGCCUAUAACAAUCGUGCUCAAGCAGAACUCAAAUUACAGAACUGGAAUAGUGCUUUUCAGGAUUGUGAAAAGGUCUUGGAGUUAGAACCUGGGAACUUAAAGGCUCUUCUGCGCCGUGCCACUACGUAUAAACAUCAAAACAAGCUCCAGGAAGCUAUAAAAGAUUUGAAUAAAGUACUGACUGUUGAACCUGAUAAUGAGUUGGCCAAAAAAACCUUGUUAGAGGUUGAAAGAGAUCUGAAAAAUUCUGAACCUGCAUCUGAGACUCAAACCAAAGGGAAAAGGAUGGUUAUUCAGGAAGUAGAAAACUCAGAAGAUGAAAAUGAAAAGGACAGUGGAAGAAAACAUGAAGAUGGCAUUGGAGAUAACAAGGCCGCGGAGCCGGCGCCUGCCGGGCGCGCCGCCGAGCUGCGCGCCAUGGGCAACAUCCAGAAGAAGCUGACUGGCAAGAGCGAGGGCGGCAGGCGGCCGCAGAGGGGCGCGCCGCGGCGGGGCCGGGCGCCGGAGGCCGGCGCGGACAAGCGGGACCGGCCGCGGGCCCCGGCGACGGCGGGCGGCUCCAAUGGGCACCCGGGCGGCGGGCGGCGCUCGGGGGGCCCCGCGGCCAGCGCGCCCCCUGGUCCCGGCGCGUCCCCCGGACCUGGCGCGCCGCCGGCGCCGGCGCCCGCCGCCCCACUCGGCCCCGCCGGCCUGAAGAGCCAGGGCAACGAGCUCUUUAAAAACGGGCAGUUCGCCGAGGCGGCUCUCAGGUACUCGGCGGUGAUCGCGCAGCUGGAGCCUGCAGGAAGUGGAAAUGCAGAUGAUCUAAGUAUCUUAUAUUCAAAUAGAGCAGCAUGUUACCUAAAAGACGGAAAUUGCAGUGGCUGCAUUCAAGAUUGUAACAGGGCUCUGGAACUUCGUCCAUUCUCAAUCAAGCCUCUUCUUCGACGAGCAAUGGCCUAUGAAGCUUUAGAGCAGUAUCAGAAAGCUUAUGUGGAUUAUAAAACAGUGUUGCAAAUAGACUGCGGAAUCCAGAUAGCAAAUGACAGUGUUAACAGGAUAACAAAAAUCCUAAUGGCCCUGGAUGGACCAAGCUGGCGGGAGAAGCUGUCGCCCAUUCCUGCUGUGCCCACUUCCGCACAGUUGCGAGCUUGGCGGCCUGUGGCAGAGACGCCGCCAGACCAAGUGGGAAGUUCCUGCAGCCAUCACCAACCGGGCAUCACAGAUGAAGAAAUGUUUAAAACCCUUAAAGAAGAAGGAAAUCAAUGUGUAAAGGACAAAAACUAUAAAGAUGCCCUUAGUAAAUACAGUGAAUGCUUAAAAAUUAACAAGGAAUGUGCCAUUUAUACAAACAGAGCCCUCUGUUACUUGAAGCUGGGCCAGUUUGAAGAGGCAAAGCAGGACUGUGACCAGGCGCUUCAGAUAGAUCUCGGGAAUGUGAAGGCAUGCUAUAGACGAGCUCUUGCUUACAAAGGACUCAAGAAUUAUCAGAAAAGUUUAAACGAUCUCCAUAAAGUUCUCCUACUAGACCCAAAUAUUAUUGAGGCAAAAAUGGAACUGGAGGAGGUAACCAGAACCCUGAAUGUUCAGGAGAAUGCAGCAUUAUUCAACAAAGAAAAGGAGAGAAGGAAAAUUGAGAUUGAAGAGGUGAAUGAAGGCCAGAAAGAGGAGCCUGAAAGGACCUCGGAGGACGUCUCCACUGACUCCCAUGCUUCUGAGACGGGGGACACAAGCAACGGGCCACGAGAAUUCCAUGAGAAACUACCAAUCCCCAAACCUAACAAUGCCUACGAAUUUGGCCAGGUUAUAAACGCAGUCAGUACUAGGAAAGAUAAAGAAGCCUGUGCACACCUGUUAGCCAUCACUGAACCGAAAGACUUGCCAGUGUUGUUGAGCAACAAACUUGAAGGGGAUACAUUCCUGCUCCUCAUCCAGUCUCUGAAAAAUAAUCUUAUUGAUAAAGAUCCUUCUUUGGUAUAUCAGCAUCUUUUAUAUCUGAGUAAAGCAGAAAGGUUUAAAAUGAUGUUGACACUGAUUAGCAAGGGCCAAAAGGAGCAGAUUAAACAGCUCUUUGAUGACCUCUCAGACACACCAAACAAACAUUUUACUUUAGAAGACGUGCAGGCCCUCAAAAGGCAGUAUGAGCUUUAAAUAAAGAUUAUUGUUAGAUUUC